GAGUAUUCGAUAAUUUCCGGAAGAUAAGAUGAUUGGGGUUUACAUUUUGUUGUAAGCGGGGGGUCUAUCCUGCGCAAAAUCUUUCCCAAUUCUACCGAACUGCGCAGACUUGCAUGUGCUGGGUAGGAAGUUAUCUUAUGAAAAUUUAAUUAACCUGAACAGAAAUGGUCAUGGAAGAACCCUGUCCACAGUGGGUUGGCCGAGAGUUUGUCCGGCAGUAUUACACCAUUAUGAACGAAGCCCCAAACUUUUUGCACAGGUUUUACAGUAACAAUUCAAGCUUUGUUCAUGGUGGUAUUGAGAAAGUUGGCGAAGAACAGCAACCUGUUGUGGGUCAAGAUAACAUCCAUAAGAAAAUUUUAUCUCUGAACUUCAGUGAUUGUCGAACAAAGAUCCGCCAGGUAGACAGUCAAUUUACGGUAUCAAAUGCAGUGUUAAUUCAAGUUACAGGGGAACUAUCCAAUUAUGGCCAGCCAAUGCGCCGUUUCAUGCAAACUUUUGUAUUGGCGCCGCAGUCACCCAAAAAAUAUUAUGUCCAUAAUGACAUAUUUCGUUACCAGGAUGAAGUAUUUCCAGAUUCUGAAUCUGAUGUAGAAAAUUUUGAAAGUGGUGGCUCUGAGCAGGAAAACACUGAAACUGUUACUCAAACAGGACCAAUACAAGAAUCGGUAUCACAAUAUUAUGAGCCGCCAUCUGUUUUAAGUAAUGGAAAUGCUGAUAUAGAUGAAGGACCAGAUUCACCUGCUGAGAAAUCGGUGGAAGAAGAACCCAAGGAAGAAGUUGUUGAAGAGCCAGUAUCAGAGCCGGAGAAAGAACUGGAAAUCAAGACCCCAGAGCCAGAACCUGUUCCAGAGGCACCUGUGGAACCAAAGCCAGUUUCUUGGGCAAGUUUGGCCAGCAAGAAUGCUCCUCCAUCUCAGCCAUCAACCACUAGUGCAGGGCCUGCAGGUCAUGCCCAGCCUUUAGGGAAAACUCAAGCUACACGGAGUGAUGUUAAAUUGGAUAUGAAUCAAGGUCCACAACCUCAGAGGGCUCGGAACCCAAGAGAACGUAUACGAGAACGAGAGAGAACAAGUGCAAGUAGGACUGAUGAUGGGGAUUCCGACAGUCUCAGUGGUCGCAGAGGGUCAAGAUAUCCUGACAGUCAUCAACUCUUUGUUGGCAACUUACCGCACAACAUUACUGAGAAAGAACUGCGAACCUAUUUUGAAAAUUAUGGCCGUGUUGUUGAACUUAGAAUUAACACGAAGAGUGGAGGUGGAAAAUUACCUAACUUCGGUUUUGUGGUUUUUGAUACUGCAGAACCUGUACAGCAUAUUUUAAGUGUUAAGCCCAUCAAAUACAAUGGUGAGCAUAGGCUGAAUGUGGAAGAAAAGAAACCUCGUGGUGCUGGCGGAAGUGGUCCAGAAGGUGGAAGACCAAUGAGUGGAAGAGGUGGUCGUGGUGCUCUUGGAAGUGGCACUGCACGAGGUAGCAUCAUGGGUGGCAACAUGAGUGGUGGCCGUGCUGGCAUCCGGCCUUCAUCUGGUGGUGGAAACAGACAAGACAACCGACUAGGUGGUCUUGGUAGUGCUGGUGGACGUGGUGGUCCAGGAACUGGAGGUGGUGGUGGUGGUGCACGACGCUGAGUUAAAAUAGUUUCUGGUGCUUCAUGGAAGUAUGCAAUUCUGACUGGAAAGAAAAAUAGAUUACAAGGUGUAUAUGGUGAAGUUGUAUCGUUUUGCAUGUCCAAAUGGUCGUCAAAGCAACUGGCUGUAUGUGUCUUGUAUCAACUUGUGAAACCAAGAUAAUUCCUAUUUCAUAUGCAAGUUUAUGUGAACAUUUCAGCAAGACUUGCAUCUUACUAAAAGAUAGGGGGAAAAAAAAAAAGAAAACCCCAUUUUAUUCUAAACUGAAGAAAGAAAAGCUUAUGAAGCUACAUAAUCUUUUUCACACUUGACAGAUAUUAGGUUUACAUUUCUUUUUAUCCCCCUCCACUCUUUAUUUAAAAAAAAAUUUUCCACUCCCAGUUAAAUAAAACCCAGAUGACAAAUAAAACCAGUUGAAUAACUAUCAGCAUAUUGGUUUUUUUAAAACAAAAAUGUCUUCAGUGUGCAGAACAGUUCUUGUUGGUUUACUCUGAUCAUCUGUUAAAAUUAACUUAUCUGUCAAUUUCUUUCUUUUAUCCAAUCUAUAAGAGAUGAAAAGGAAAUUCUGUCAUUUCACUUGAACAAUCACUAGCAGAAUUGCAUAUUUUCUUCGUAGAAAUAUUGGAUCGUUGGAUACUAUGCCCUUAUCACCAGUGGCGAUUGCUAGUUGUAACUUUUUUUUUCAACUGGAAACAAAAAACAAAAAAAAAAAAUAAAUGUCAGAGUUUACAAGUGUAAAAUAAUUAACAUUACCCAAGCAUUAUUUUCUUACUGUUAAAAUAAAAGCGGUUUUUAAAUGUA